AUGGAACUGGACCCUGCCAUCAUCACUGCCAACGAUGGCAGUGUGCUCGGCAACCAGGCGAACCCUUACCCGGGCCCGCAAUCGCAAGGUGCCCAGCAACAGCAACAGCAGCCAGCCACGGCGCCGUCGACGUUGAACCUGAAGGGCAGCAACACCACCAGCGCCCCAACAUCGCCCCACAAGGGCGUGUCAUCGUUCCUCUCGCGUGCCACCUCGCUCACUGGCUCUGUCUCGAACACGGUUCAGCAGAGCAUUGCCAGGGUCACCUCGCAGGCUGCCGCCGCCAUUAAGGACCGCCAUAAGAUUCUGCUCGUCAUAGACGAUCAACUUAUCGAUUGGUCCAAGUACUUUCGUGGCAAGCGAAUCUUUCAGGACUAUGAGAUUAAAGUAGAGCAGGCGGAAUUCAAAGAGAUCACUCUUGUAGCCAACUCUGAACUUGGUGCUCUUGUCUCUAUUCAUACAAUUGACCGAAAUGGAGUUAAAAUUGCUAGAACUUUUCGGCCUGACUUUGUCCUCGUGCGACAACACGUUCGGGACGCCUCUAACGACUUUACCGACAUCAUUACUGGACUCAUGUACGGACUAGUGCCAUCUAUCAACUCACUGCAGACGGUGUACAACUUGCAAGACAAAGCCUGGGUGUUCGCCAACCUGCUAGCAAUACAGCGCAAAGUUCUCAAAGACAACUUUCCUUUGAUUGAGCAGACAUUCUACCCAAACAAUAAAGAACUGAAUCAAAUUCCCAAGUUUCCGUGUGUUGUCAAAAUUGGACAAUCUCACAAUGGCCUGGGCAAAAUCAAAGUGGAAAAUUUGCAGCAGUACCAGGAUAUUCGUAGUGUUCUGCUGGUGAGCAAGGCCUACUGCACCAUUGAGCCGUUCAUCGAUGCAAAAUGCGACUUGUUGGUGCAAAAGAUUGGCACAAGCUAUAAAGCUUUCAGUCGAAAAUCCGUUUCGGGAAACUGGAAAGCAAAUGUAGGCUCAGCGUUGCUCGAACAGGUGCCAGUGAGUGAGAAGAUGAAACGAUGGAUCGACGACAUAUCGGAAAUGUUUGGCGGCUUGGAGAUCUGCUCCGUUGAAGCUGUCGUCGGCAAAGAUGGCAAGGAAUACAUUCUCGAAGUGUGUGGCUCUACCCUGACACUGCUCGGCGAGUCCCAGGAAGAGGACCGGCGAAACAUCUCCGAUUUGAUUGUGCAGCGAAUGAAUGCCAUCAGCAAGGCCACCUUAAUAAAGCAGCAAUCUCGAGCCAGCUUCUCGUCACACGACGCAUUCGAGCAGCCUGAACAGGCAGUGAGACCUUCGCGAGGAGCAUCAAUCACUUCUCUUGGCGGUGCCCAGGUGGGUGCUGCUGCCACUGGUGGUGGUACACAGGUUGCAGGCACUGCUGGCAUGCCACCCCCAGCGGUCCCUCCACCACCCGCCCCAGUGAUUCCCAAUGCAAUACUAAACCGUCGCAGCUCUAAAGAGGGGCCCAUCGACAUGAAUGCCAAUGUGCCAGCUAGGCCCUUCAAUGAGACUAACCCAUUCGCCACAGCCGCCGAGCCAUUCAGCAAUAUGGCCAACUCUGAGCCGCCAAAUCAAGACAUGCAGAGACCGGUGCUUGCCAAGAGAGACUCCCAGUCAACGGUGGAGGAAAUCAAAGACGAGGUCGACGACACAAUGCGAAACUUGCGUAAAACCUUUGCAGGCAUCUUCGGUGAUAUGUAA